CGACAUCGAACCUUUUUUUCGGAAUUAUUAUUUUGCAAUAAGACGUUUUAAGCCACAAAUGCUUUGUAAAUAGUACAGAUUUUUUCUGUUAUUAAAGUUAAUCAUAAGUGCCGAUAGAGUAAUUAGGGGAUUUGUUAUAUGACUAUACAAAUUACAUCUCCGAAUUGCACAUAUCUUUUCCCAUGCUAAUAUUUUACAUAGCACCAGUGUAAUAUUUUUGUAAACUUAAUAAUAGUCAUGGCUGAUGCACCCUCAACAAGCCAAAGUAGUCGGAUGGAACCACCUCCAGGACUGAAAGCACUCAUUGAUCACUGUCAGAGUAUUUAUCCAGACCAAGCCAACCCUUUGCAAGUAACAACAGUUUUAAAAUAUUGGCUUGGCGGGCAGGAUCCUUUGGAUUACAUCAGCAUGUAUAGUAAUAGUGGAGACCCAGAAAGAGGUAUUCCGCCUCAUUGGCAUUACGUAAGUUUCGGAUUAAGUGACCUACACGGAGAUGGACGAGUGCACGUCCAGGAAUCCAACGAAAUGAAUACUCGGUCCGGUAUGGGAUUCGAAUUAUCAUUUAGGCUGCUAAAAAAUGAAACGGAAAAGGAAAAUAGUUCCGGAAAACCACAACUCCCACCAACAUGGCCAGCAAACUUACUACAGUCCAUAGCCCGUUAUUGCUUCGAGACUGGAAAUAUGUUGUGUUUCGGAGAUAACAUACCUUGGCGUAAAAGUUUGGAUGGCAACACAAACUCACAGUUGAAGAAUAUACUAAUUGCCGAAGAUCCACAGCUCAGCUGUAUUCAGACAGUGUUCGGUACCGUUGAGUUUUGUCAGAUUGUCGGUGUUACAGAUGAAGAGCUUGAACAAGCUUCUCGCUGGAAUGGGCGUGGUGUGCUGAACUUCUUGCAGCAAGACAUUAAAACUGGUGGUAAUUGGUGGAUUACAGAUAUGAGUCGCUCUCAAAGUGUUUUUGAGCUCUUUCCGGAAUUAUUAUUAAACUUGCAAGAUGACCUGGAAAAACAAGGCUCAGAUUUGGCUGGUGUAAAUGCCGACUUUACAUUCCGAGAAAUACAAAAGCAACAAUGCAUUAAAACUGAAAUUGAUUCAAAUAAAUUAAAUGAACAAUGCGUUUUCGAGGAAAAUAAUCUACUUGAAAAAUUGCAAAUCAAGCGUGAGGAUGCUGGUUUUCCACAAUCUAUGUCAAUGAGUAGUGUUUCUUUACAUAAGUCAUGCCCUCUCAGUUAUCAGCCGCAUUCGGCUGACUCCAUAUCAAUGGAUGGUAUAGAGAUUACUUUGGCGCCAUAUGCAGCAAAAUAUCUCAUGUUAGCAAUAAAAGAUCGUAUUCGCCAUGGUCGUCAUUUCACCUUCAAAGCCCAGCACUUGGCGCUAACUCUAGUAGCAGAAUCUGUCACUGGAGCAAUUGUGAGCAAAGCUUCCCCUUUUGGUAUUAUUGGGUAUUGGAUACAAGUUCUGAUUCCAGACGAAUUGGUUUCUCCUAUGAUGGAGUCUUUCAAAAACCUCCAACUGGACGAUGUGACGGAAAGUACGAAGCGACAUGAACUAGAGUGGCCGAACUGGAAAUUAAAGUUAAUAAUUGAUAAUCCUAGCAGAGGAAUAAAACUUCCUAUGGGCUUAUAAAUUUACCGUAGUCAUUAUAAACAAAAUAAAACUCGAUAUAUAAUUAGAAGAAAAUUUUAUGUUGCUCUUAACAGACAGGUCUGCGAGUGAAAGAUGGCACAUCUAUAUUAUUUACUAUUUUGAACUGGAGCACUAACUGUAAAAUAUAGAAUUGUAACAUUCUUACAAAAUCUCAUUUUCUCCAAUUUAACUUAAAUAUUAACUUUUAAUUUAUAGUUUUAUAAUUUCUUAAUCAUAAUGAAUUAGGAUAAAUUUUUAAAUUUGCAUUCGAACAAAACUAUUUAAGAUUUAAUGAUAGAUUUAAGAUUUGGUAAAUUGAGGUUAGUAUGGGCGUGACAGUUAAACAAUUCGCAAGUAAUAAUAUAGCCAUGUUAAGUAUCUACACUUUUUGCUUCACUAUUAUGUUAUUGGCAAAGAAUAAAUAAGGCAAAUAUUUUCACACAAAUAAAAGCGUUAUUGAAACAUA